AGAGAGAGAGAGAGAGAGAGAUGGAGGGGAAAGAAGAGGACGUAAAAGUGGGAGCAAACAAGUUCCAGGAGAGGGUGCCGAUAGGGACGGCUGCCCAGAGCCAAGACAAGGACUACAGGGAGUCACCCGCAGAGCCGUUGUUCGAAGCAGGGGAGUUGAGGUCAUGGUCUUUCUACAGGGCAGGGAUCGCGGAGUUCAUGGCAACCUUCCUGUUCUUGUACAUCACCAUCUUGACGGUGAUGGGUGUGAAUAGGUCCCCCACCAAGUGUGCUUCCGUCGGGAUUCAAGGCAUCGCUUGGGCUUUCGGUGGAAUGAUCUUUGCUCUCGUCUAUUGCACUGCUGGCAUAUCAGGGGGUCACAUAAACCCAGCGGUGACUUUCGGACUGUUUCUGGCUAGGAAGCUAUCACUCACGAGGGCGGUGUUCUACAUGGUGAUGCAGUGUCUUGGGGCCAUCUGCGGUGCAGGAGUGGUGAAAGGGUUCCAGAAGAACCAGUACGAGAUGCUGGGUGGGGGUGCCAACGCGGUGGCCCAUGGCUACACCAAGGGCGAUGGCCUUGGAGCCGAGAUCGUCGGCACCUUCGUCCUCGUCUACACCGUCUUCUCUGCCACCGAUGCCAAGCGUAACGCCCGAGACUCUCACGUCCCCAUCUUGGCACCGUUGCCCAUUGGGUUCGCAGUGUUCCUGGUCCACUUGGCCACCAUUCCCAUUACAGGAACCGGUAUCAACCCAGCCAGGAGUCUCGGUGCCGCCAUCAUCUACAACAGGGACCACGCCUGGGAUGACCAUUGGAUUUUCUGGGUGGGACCUUUCAUCGGGGCAGCACUUGCAGCUCUCUACCAUCAGGUGGUGAUCAGGGCCAUUCCCUUCAAAUCCAAGUGAUUUAUAUAGAUGAUCACUAAUGCACAUAUAUAUAUAUAUAUAUAUAUG